GUCAGUUACACUGUGGGGUCCUUCACGGUCAGAGAGCCAUUUCUCCGUUCAGACACAGCUGAUCGCGGCUCCGCGGCUCGGCUUUAAAGUACGCCUCGAAACCCUUCGGUUCAGCCGAAACCGGGUCAGCAACCCCGACCUUCUCUUCCGCGGAGAGGAACCGCCGGUCUGAGCAGCAGCGGGGAGUCUGACGUCAACAGCCAUGAACCCCGAAUAUGACUACCUGUUCAAACUGCUGCUGAUUGGAGACUCUGGGGUUGGGAAGUCCUGCCUUCUCCUCCGUUUUGCAGACGACACAUACACCGAGAGCUACAUCAGCACAAUCGGCGUCGACUUCAAAAUCAGAACAAUAGAGCUGGAUGGCAAGACCAUCAAACUACAGAUUUGGGACACUGCAGGUCAGGAGAGAUUCCGCACCAUCACAUCCAGUUACUACAGAGGAGCCCACGGAAUCAUCGUCGUCUAUGAUGUCACAGACCAGGAGUCCUUUAACAAUGUGAAGCAGUGGCUGCAGGAGAUAGACCGCUAUGCCAGCGAGAACGUCAACAAGCUUCUGGUGGGGAACAAGUGUGACCUGACCACCAAGAAAGUGGUGGACUACACGACAGCAAAGGAGUUUGCGGACUCUCUAGGAAUUCCGUUCCUGGAGGCCAGUGCGAAAAACGCCACUAACGUGGAGCAGGCCUUCAUGACCAUGGCGGCAGAGAUUAAAAAGAGGAUGGGGACAGGGGCCAACGCCGGCGGCUCUGAGAAAUCCAACGUCAAAAUCCAGAGCACGCCUGUGAAAACCUCCACCGGGGGUUGCUGCUGAGGCCUUACGACUGUACCCAAACAAACAAACAAACAAACAAACAAACGGCCGAGAAAAUCAGUGAUGUUCCCUACUACCAUAUGCCUAAGAAGGACAGAGGAAGGUAAAGAGGAGUGUGUGUGUGUGUGUGUGUGUGUGUGUGUGUGUGUGUGUGUGUGUGUGUGUGUGUAUGUAUCUGACGGAGAGGGUGACAGCGAGAGGUUUGAAGGGUUAUAAACUAAACAUUGCCUGAUGUAUCAUGCAUGCACAAAGCUGCAUGGCCAGACUAAACGUUUCCAACAGUCUUGAGCUUCAAAUUCAGUAAAUGGACAGUUACGCCACCCAUGUUAAACAGGUCUAUGAGUUCCUCCAGAUUGUGAGAAGCUACUGAGGAGCCCGACUGACGUAGACCCUUCGAAACAAGCGGAGAACCCACCUACGCUGCUACAGCUGGGCAUGGAGAGCAGAAUGCGAAUGUCAGAAUGUCAUAAUAGGGCCAUUCUGUCUCGUUGCUACGACGACUUCUCUUUGUUUUCUCUCCUUGCGGCUGCUGUCGUGUCUCAUUCACAAGGUUGGAUUCCUGGUUUUGGUUGUUCUUGGUUUUGUUUAUGUGUGUGUGUGUGUGUUUUAUUUUAGGGGGGCAGUUCUCAUGGUUGGUGUAUGGGAGGCCUCUGGAUUGUGUAGAAGUGUUUCCCAGCCCCAUUCCUGGACCCCAAACUGCAGACUAGUGUCAUUUCGUUACCCAAAGACCUUGACGAUUAACUUGUGAGACCAUGGAUAACAGAAGGUGUCUCGUAAAUUAAUAUUCCUCCGUUAGCCAGCACUUUUUAAACCUCAUCUCCAUCUGCCACAUCUGUAGCAUAUGGUCAGUUACCACACACAGUAAUUUCAGUGCAAAAAAGUAAACGAAACAAAAUGGAUUUAAUCAAAUUUCACUAGUAACAGACGCCACUAGCGACAAAUUAUACUGAUUUGCAGCUAAAUUUAUAAAGACAUUUGACUCAAGGGAUCUUCAGAAAUGUGUGUUUUGCAUAAACAUUUAUUCAGAUCAUCCAGCAGCUGCCCACAUGAGCAUGUUUUGAGUCUGUACUUUUUUUUUUUAAGUACAGGGUAAUGCAUUGAAAUAAUUGUCCAUAGUAACUGACCAUACACUACAGAUCCUGCAGACUGAAAUUAGGUUACUAAAAUAAGAGCCAUAGUACUUCUGUAAGCUAAAAGUGAGGACUGUCCAAUAGAAAUGUCCCUCAGCUCUUCUCUCAUUAGACAGACUUGAGUUUUGGCUUAUCUGGCUAACUGAGGUCCUGCUUUGCAAAAUGCACUCCAAAACUGGAGCUGGGAAACAUCUUCAACACACUCCACUUGACCACUCUGACUGAUCCACACUGUAGUCCAGCUCUCUGCACACCUGCUCUAAAUGUGAUUUACCUGAUUAAAAGGGAAACACCAGCCUUUUCAGCCUAAUCUGUCUGCUGCUUCUGUAUGGUAGGGGUUAUUACCACAGACAAUAAUCUGAACGUGUUUUCCAGUAUUUAGGAAAGAACUGAAAACAUGUCAACACAUAACAUACAUAUAAUAAAAGUCAAUGGGCAGUUGUUUUAGCAGGGCAGAUAGAAGUUAGGUUGAAAAACACUGGGUCCUUUUAGGUGCGUUAGGGGCCAGAAUUGGGCAGUAAAUGUGGAUUAGCUGUAGGGACCUUAUGGUUGGGUUGGAAAUGUCCAACAUCUAUCGUCCACUGUACAGCAGUAAUGCCUCCAACGAAACCUUUAUCCAUUCAGCCAUUUCUCUGUAAACAACACUCCUUAAAACUCCAAGCUUGUACGUCUGAAGUCCUUCAUAUGCAUCCGCCUUUUCUUGGUGAGUUUAAUGAUGUGAGCACAAAGCCAUAAUGUGGAUUUCGCUCACUGAUGGUGGUGAAUUAGUGUCUUCGUGGACCUGCCUUACAUACUGUACUUCAUACAUUGUGGUGCAGAUCUCAUCUUCCCAAAUGAAGUUUGUCUGUAUUGUUCAAUAAAACCUUUUAAGGUACGCUUAAAUUUUCCUUAGUGUGCCUUUAAUGUACAACUUCAGUGAACAUAUUCCUUGUUUUUUUUUGUUUUGUUUUGGUGAACAUAUACAGUUUUGCUUUAGCUGCUGUCCACAAGUGUCAACAGCAUAUAGUCAUUUCACGGAAGCAGCGAUACAGGUGUAGAUACAGCAGCUGAACUGCGUGUAGAUGAGGUGAUCUAUACAUAAAUGAAAGAAAGAACUCUUGAUCUGAGAGGAAACUGUCUGAAAGAAUGACAUGAUGAUGGGUAGGUAAACUGAAAUAAACUCACUCCAAUAUUUCAUUUUGAGAGAGAACCCUGUCGGUUCCUCUUCUUUUUUGGCCUUUUUUGGAUAGUGUUCUCGCUUACAUAUACUAUAAUGGAAAUGUUUAAUAAAAAUGGUUUUAACUGGA